AUGAGAGCGUGGGCUCAGUGCAAGACUCUCAAGAGAAACAAUGAUGUCCACCAGCAGGCAAAAGUAGACCACAAUGCGAACCGGAUUAAAGAGAAAGAGGACAGUUUGGCUGAUCUUAGGGAACAGUGCACGACCGCAAUGCUUAGAGAGAACACCGUCAACAAUGAGGUAACAAGUCACCUAGAAACAGCAAUAGGGAAUCUGCAGAAAAAAAUUGAAAAAUGGACAGCUAGAUAUAGCAAAGAAGUUGACUCACUGGAUAUUGCUCUUCUACUACUGAAGAGUAAAAUAGAAGAUCAACACGAGAAGUUUAAUAAGAUGACUGAACAAUACUCAGCUAAACUAGAGCUGCUGGAGUCACUUCACACAGAAGCGGAUGAUAGAGAUCGAGAACUGGAGAUACGGAUAGCUCGGUCUAAAGCUGCAUUCAUCAUCCAGCACUGGUGGAGAGGAGUAUUGGCCAAAAGAGGGGCAGAGAAAAAGAAAUCAUCUGGCAAAAAUAGGAAAAAAUCUAAAAAAUCGUCCACGAAAAGAAAGAAGAGGAAACAAUCUCCAAAGAGGAAAAAUAAAUAA